AUGAAUCUAAUUGAUGUUCGUUGUUUAGGUGAGUUUGAUUGUAUGGAUAUGAGUGAUGAAAGAAAGUUCACUAGAGGAAUGGAAUGUGCGGUGAAAUUCGAUACAUUUCUGUGCGAUGAACGCAUCUGCUAUCCGUAUACUACAUCUUGUGGCGAUGGACAUUGUGUGAUGUUGGCAUACUUAUGGGAUUAUAGUACUUCAACAGAUUGGAGUUGUUUGAACAUGCGUGAACGAAACUAUCUUUGCGAAAUCACUACUGCAAAACAACUAUGGACAAUGGAAAAUGGAAUGUGUUAUCCGUUUCCAAAUUAUGAUGAUCCGAAUGAUUUGAAUCACCCAAACCUGACUCGAACGGAGAAAUGUACGUAUUUAGCUAAAUGCGCAUUAUCACGAGGCUUUGAACGUGAUUGUCCCUGUAAUCAGAAGAACUGCUCUACGUUGAUGAGAGAGAUCUGUGAUCAAAAUUUUGUUUUAUAUCCAACGGGGGCAUUAUAUGCGCCGCAUCUUUAUUAUCAGUAUAAAAUCGAUCGGGACUGGCGUAACAUAGCGCCAGAUUCGGCUAUUAUGAAUGGAUGUAUAAAAUGUCGAGGCUAUCGCGUUUGCCAUUCGAUGUCAAAUCAUACCCAAUUUUACAAACAAUUAUUUCGAACAGCAGAUUAUUUCGCUUGCAAAUCGAAAACGGGUUCCGAUAAUACAUCGAUCAUACAAUACGAUAAGCAUUGCUGGAAUGGCUCACGCACAUUCAAUGGCCUUCCAUAUGCGAUAGCCGAUGUAUGUUCUAUUUCAAGAGAAUGCAUAUCCACGUAUCGCUUAUUGGAUCAGGCUGCUAAUUGUAUCGAUGUAGGAGACGAAAAAGUGAUCGGAUACGGAUGCGAUGUCAACGUCAGAAAGCAUCGUUUUCAAUGUUCAUCGAAUAAUUUUUCACGCUGUUUACCUGUUUGGCGAUUGGGAAAUGGAGAACGAGAUUGUGUUAAUGGUUUCGAUGAAUAUAUUAAUGGUUCGAAUUUUCCGAUAGCAGAAAUUUAUUGUAAGCGAUCGAAUGAUUCAGGCUGUCAGAUACUUCGACAGUAUAUCAGUAAAUCAUCGCUAAUGAACACGAGUGAUUCACUAUCGACUUCACACAAUCAAAGUACACCAACCGCCCAAAUUCCGUUUCAUCAUUUGUGUAAUUCCUUUUGGGAUUUAUCAUCGAAAAUAGACGAAUUCACAAAGUAUUGUCAACAGUGGAUUUGUUCAACUACUGAUUUUCAAUGUAAAACCGGCCAGUGUAUUUCUAUGGACCAUGUUUGUGAUGGAGAAAUGGAUUGUUCCGAUGGGUCGGACGAGCAAGGUAUUUUUCUUUUCAUCGGCGACAACGUGUCGAAGCACAAUCUUCAUCUUACUAAUCUCUCCGCUAAAAUCAACCAAUGCCACAAAUUAUACGAUUAUCAGCAACCGUUCGGUGAAUUUUGUGAUUUUCAACGUGAAUUUCCGUGCCUAUUAAAGAAUGUAGCCGAUCCAAUCGAUAUACUGAAAAAUCGUCCAUGUGUUAAUCUUACUCGCGUUGGCGAUGGUGUUGCUGAUUGCUACGGUGCACUCGACGAAAUGAAUACAUUUGAAGAUUGUCGUGGCACUAUGAAAGGAUUCACGUUUCGCUGUGCUGACAUGUUAACAAUAUGGCAUUGCAUUGACAAUGCUUUUCUUUGCGAUGUUCGAUGCAAAGGAGGUGACGAUCAACCCCUCUGCUUUUAUCGUUCGAAUAUACUUAACUGCAGUGCACCGAUGGAUGCUGUGUGUCUUAAUGGUGAACAAUGCUUCAAAGGUGGUAGAUGUGAUGGUUCCUUAGAUUGCCCAUACGGUGAAGAUGAAUUUUGGUGUCCGAGAGUAUCGAGUAAUUUCGCAAAAUCCUACUAUCGACAGGGAAAACACACAUUGGAGGUGGAAAAAACGCUUGAUUUCCACAUUCCUACGUAUCCACGACUGCAACAUACGUUGCUAUCCGCAAAUCCUUCGCAAAUUAAUUCCAAUAAAAAAUUUCAACUGCAUCGUCGCAUUGCACAGAUGAAUAAAACAAAGAACGAAUCCAACUCAUUAUUACGCGAAAGCUUCUGGUGCAAUCGAGGAGUUGCUGUUUACGUUAAUAAUUCUAUUGAAUGUUUAUGUCCACCCUCUUACUAUGGAGAUCGUUGUGAAUAUUACAGUGAUCGCGUCACCGUUGUAACACAUCUUGAUAUUUCAUAUUAUCGAUUAGAAGAUUCAAUAGACAACAAUACUAUCCUAAAGAUUGUUACCAAUCUUCUUCAUGAACACAACAUAAUCGAUUUCCAUGAAUUUUACGUACAACCAGGGCUCGAAAUAAAUGAACCUGUCAAGCAGAAAUUUCACUUGCUAUACAGUCGCAGUGAACGUUAUUUAAGAGAGAAACAAGGCAGACAAGCAUCUCGAAAUCAAAUUCUUUAUGAGCAUCCGUAUUCGAUUCGUUUUGAACUAUAUGAACAACGAGCGAAUUAUGUCAUGGCCGAAUUGGGUGCUUGGGAUUAUCCGAUCUAUUUUGAUUUCUUACCUUCGUAUCGCUUUGCCACUAUCUUGAGAUUUCCAAAUGAUUAUACUAAUAUCUCAAUUAAUUCUUGUAGAAAGCAUCGUUGCCUUAAAAAUUCGAUCUGCCGUCCGCUGUUCUCCAAAACGAAUUCGUACUAUUGCUCAUGCAAACAAGGAUACUAUGGGAAACAUUGUCAAUUUCGCAAUGAGCAAUGCCAUGUCUAUUGCUCGGCACAGUCAAUUUGUAAAGGUGGAUAUCGCGAUCAAGAUAUUGGAAUACAGAGACCAUUGUGUAUUUGUCCUCGUGAUAGAUUUGGACCUCGUUGUAAUCUUCGACUGAAUUCUUUUUGCCCGAAAGAUCGUUGCCAAAACAAUGGCACGUGCUUGUAUACAUAUGAUUGGACCGGUGAAACACAUUUCCGAUGUGUUUGUCAAGAUCCGUUUUAUGGAGCUCGUUGUGAAUAUGAGAAAACUUCUGUUAACAUUCGAAUAAAUUCAACAGAAAUCGUGUCAGUCACAACAAUGCAACUUUUCGAUAUCAAUCGUCAAACAUUGCAGCUUGAAAUUCGUCAUCAAGAAGUUCAAUCAAGUCUGCCAACAUUCAUUCGAUAUCAAUAUAACGAAGAAUAUGCACCUUCUCUCUGUUUACUCAAAUUUUACGAUGAUGUACACUCGAGUCGAUACUUUAUCGGCUACUUUCAACCAUCUGUAACUGCAAUCAAUGUCACAACUAAACCGUUGUAUUGCUCUUUAGCUCAAGACUACCUCCAACAAUUGAACAUGAGUAAAUAUAUACCAUUGAAAACCUAUUUUUUGUUUGUUUUACGGAUAUGA